UCAGAACCCAACUUGUCCUUUUGAUUUGAAAGUUAGAAAAUAAUGGGUAUCUUUGUUGGUGCCCCCCUCAUUCUUCUUUUCCUUCAAUUCUUCUCUUUAGGUUCUGGAGACUUGCUUCCAGUGCCACAGAAGGACAUAAUUACCACCAAAGAUCUCAGACAGCGUUUGUCCUUGGGGGACAUCAACAUUGACUUGCCUGCUCUUUACGUUUUCGGAGAAGCAUUUGUUGAUGUUGGAAACAACAAGUUCUUGGAAGCAAAUACAAAUAAAUUCACUUUUGCACCAUAUGGAAUAGAUUUUGGUGGUGGUCAUAACGCCACCGGUCGUGUUACAAACGGCAGAAAUGUGGUUGACUUUAUUGCUCAAGCACUAGGCUUGCCAUCUCCUCCACCAGCGCUUGGCAUGUCGGACGCUGAUAGAAAAAAAACUCUGACUGGAGUCAAUUACGGAUCAGCUUUUGGUGCUAUUCUUACCGAGGCUCCUUCGGUGCAAAAUAUAACCGGAGAUGUGUUGACCUUUGAUGAACAACUAGCUCUGUUCCAGAACACAACUCACGACGUGAAAUCGCAGUUCAAUAGCACAGAAAGCUAUGCUGAAUACAUGUCAAAAGCUCUCUUCUUCAUCAAUAUGGGUAGCAAUGACUUUGCCGCUCAAUGGCAGUUCUAUUACAAAGACCAGUAUGGUGUUAAUAACUUCGACAAGUAUGCUGAAUUCGUCUCUCAACAGUUUUCCAAGCAACUAGAGAUAUUGUAUAAACUUGGUGCGCGCAAGAUUUUUGUAAAUAAUGUCUGUCCAGUCGGAUGCAUGCUAACUAGUCUACAACCUAAUACAAAAGCUUGUGAUGAUGAUACAAACAACAAAGUAUCUGCCUACAACAAGCUGCUUCCAGAUUUACUUAAAGAACUGCAGUCCACCCUCCCAGGAUCUAAAUUUGUUCUUGGAGAUCUUUACACCAUUUUUGAGGAUGUUUUUGCUUCACCACGUUCAUUUGGAUUUACAAAUGUAACAGGUUCUUGUUGCAAGACAGCAGAACGCAGUCCGUGCAAUAAAGGGGAAGAGCCAUGCGAAUACAGAGAGAAAUAUGUGUUCUUUGACUUGUGGCACCCAACAGAAAGCAUACAUUUUCUGUGGGCAAGGCGUUUGUUGAAGGACAACUCAGUUUGUUCUCCAGUCAAUUUGAUUCAGCUCGUGCAAGCUUAAGCCCAAGGUUUUAAACCUGUCACAUGGAAUGUGUGGGGGAUUAAUUUAUAUUUUCUCAAGAAACGUGAAGAGAUCAUAUGGCUACCCCUUUUUUCUUACAACAUGUAAACGUACUUUCAAGUCAAUUGGACAAGUCCAUAUAUAUUGAGGGGUUCUCAAUUAUAAAUAAAAUAUUUAUUUGCAA